ACAUCCGUGUCAAUAUAGACACACACAUGAAGUCAAAUGCGGACAAAACACAUGCAAAACAAACGAGACACAGACCACGUAGCGCCACACCAACACAGACAGACACACACCAACUAGGCAUACAAAUGCACAUUCAUUGGAAUCGCUGCCUGCCACCCAUAAACGGCUUUCAGAAAGAGUCUCAACUCGUACGCUAUAUUUAAAUCUCCUCGCCUUUUCCUAUCCAUCCCUGCCCUCCGUGCGUCCAUGCAUUUUCUGCACAACCAUCAUCGAAGCCGCCGCCACAAUCAGCAGGGCACCACACAGACUCCAUUGGUCGAGUGCACGACCCAGCACACACACCUGCACACGCAUACACACACAGACAUGGAGAGGACAGACAGUGGACACACUCCAUGGCAUAUCUUACUUGGAUGACGUAGGCGAAGGCCACAUCCAGAUUGAUCACAAACGCUGAAUGAAACCCACACGACAAUGCCAUCCACGACACGACAGACACACACACACAGACACACACACACACAACUGCCCGCACACACACCGCCUCCCCUCACCCCACAUACCUCCCGGCCCGGCCUGUCCGAUUUGCAGCCCGCGAUUGAGACACCAGUGUGAGGCGAAGCCCACCACACCAACAGCAGCCAGCCACCCGAACAACCCAAUACCGCCACUACUGCUGACAUGGCCGUGGUCGUGGGGGGCCAGUGUGGCGAUGAGCACGAGGCUGAUGAGGAUUAUUGACGUGUUGAUGAACAGGACGUGCACCACCGGCCGCACUCGGGGGCCGAUGCAACGCACCAACGUGAAGGCAAUCCCACCUGCAGAUGCAUGUGACACACACCGACUGAAUGCCGUGGUAUUCCAUCAAGUGCAGGUCCCCACCCACCUUCAAGCGCGCCAGCGAGCGCCAACAGGACAGCAACCACACGAGAAGCGACCACAGGGGUCGCCGAGCCGGCGAUGCUGCCAUGUGGCUGGAUGCCGUCGUGGCGGAACAGGACCUCUGGCUGAGCGAUGCAUACGACGCCGGCAAGAGAGCACAGGGCCGCCAAAGUGCACAUGGCCGUCCACGGCUCACCCAGCACAAAGGUGGCAAGCUGAUAUGACCGACAUACCGCAGAGCAGGCAGGUAUGUAUCGUCUCUCGCUUCAUGUCAGAUGCUGACCACGGCGGUGAAUAUGGGGGUUGUGAAGAAGGCAGCCGACGCGUCCCCGAGGGGCAGCUGCGAUAUGCAGAAGAAAAAGAGGCCGACGCCCACAGACCCGCACACAGCCCUGACCAACCAAAGAGAGCGGUGGGCGUCGAGAGAAAGGAAGUAGGCUCCCUCCCCUCCCCUCUCCCCUCGCCCCUCGCCCCUUCCAACAGCUCACCUGGCAACAAGUAGGUGCCUGACAUCGGCAGGACCAAAUGGCGAUAUCCACCGCCUCUCCACCACCAUUUGCAUCACCAGACACACACUGCCAACCAGCAGCUCCGUCACUCCCCUCGCGAGCAGCACAUAGAACACGCUUGUCUUGCCGGCAGUCACCUUGACCAGCGUAGACGAGAUCGAAAUCAGCACGGCCGACGCGGCACACAGAAGGAGGCCGGCGGCCCUGCUCCAGCGGCCCUCGCGUUUUGGUGGAGCAUCUGAUAAAUGGAUGAAGAAGGACGACAGCUCAGCGGGGAGGGGUGCGAACUCCGGCAGGCUGCGCGAUGAAACACCGGUCGGGAGCCUCGAGCAGGCGGGGUCUUGGGCGCUGGUGAUGAUUCGGUAGCCUGCCGCGCUCCCGCUGUGUCCAUCAUUUUGUUCAGCAGGAAUGGCGGGGUGAAACGAUGUCUUCCUUCCACAGACAGGAGUGUGCACAUCGUCAUGGAGCAGCAGCAUCUUGCACUCGCCGAGAGAUCUGCGAACUGAGAUUCGAGCUUGAAG